AAAUGAGAAGGGAAGCUGAGUUGAUGUGCUGUGAGAGAUCGCCCCCUUGUUAGUGAGGGAAGAACAGCAGCGGCUACUGAAUUCAAGUUGGUUGCGGUUCAGCACUCUCUGCCAGAAGUUUAAGAGAUCUAUGGUCCAGAUUUAAACUGAGACCAUGAAGGGCUUGGAGCUGCUGCUGUUGCCUCUGCUGCUUUUACUGAAAGAUGCAAGCGCUCAGUGGAAUGUGUGGAUGCCCAGAGACAUUUCAGCCAUGACAAACUCCUGCGUGGUUAUACCCUGUUCAUUCACAUACCCCUCCGGCAUCAGGCCUUACAGGGGGGUUCAUGGGAUCUGGUAUUUCGGCCACCCCUACCCUCAGCUUUUUCCUCCAGUGGUGUUUAAGUCCCGUACAGAUAUUGUUCACGAAAGUUACAAAGGACGGACCAAGCUUCUGGGCGACCUGACACAAAAAAACUGCACACUGCUGAUAAGUAACAUUGGUGUGGAACAUUCUGGAAAGUAUUACUUCAGGGCAGAUCUUGGUGGAGCGAAUAUCUACACCUUUCCUGACUUCACAAAACUACAGGUGUUGGAUCAGCCCAACAUUGAUGUUCCCGAAGAGAUUGUAAGCGAUCAAAGCCUGGAUUUGACCUGUUAUGUUCCAGACAAUUGUCCAGACAUGAGCCCAGAAAUCCACUGGAUGUACACGGAUUACCUGCCCGACCCAGUUUUCACCCCUGACCAAGUUGAGGAAGGUAACACUGCGGUACUGUCCAGCACUCUCACCUUCACACCCAAACCCAUGCACAAUGGCCAAUUACUGGGCUGCCGGGUCAACUUCCCAAACACCACCUACGUCUACGAGCGCCUCAUUACCCUGGACAUCAGAUAUGCCCCUCGAACUGUGUGGGUGAACGUAUCUCAAGAGGUGAUGGAGGGAAGCUCGGUGGUCCUGCAUUGUGAUGUAGACAGUAAUCCUGCCCCUAUGAUAACAUGGUAUUUUGGAGACAAAGAGCUGAUGUCGGAAACCGCCUCAAAUUCUUCACUGUCACUGGAAAACCUGACACCAGAGCAGGAAGGUGUCUAUACCUGCGUUGGUGACAAUGGAUAUGGCAACAUGAACACGUCCAUGUAUCUGGCAGUAAAUUAUCCUCCACGGGAGCCAUGGAUCAAUGAGUCUCUGACGGUGUUGGAGGGAUCCUCAGUUUCCCUACAGUGCACCAGCAAGGGUAACCCAAUGCCCACAUUGACUUGGCUGAAGGAUGGGGAGCUGGUGGGAACCAUCACAGCAGAGGAGGGAUCUGUGCUAGAGUUACAUGAGAUCAUGCCACAGGCUGAUGGAGUCUACAGGUGCCUAGCUGAAAAUGAGCAUGGACGGGCCAGCAGUUCACUUAACAUUACAGUAGAAUUUGCUCCAGUCCUCCUUGAUGACUCUAAGUGUACUAUAGUCCGUGAGGGUGUUCAGUGUGUGUGCAUUGCCUCUGGAAACCCAGAACCUGCGAUUGAAUUCUACCUUCCUGACCUCAACGUCACCAUCAACAACUCCAACAAUCGUUUCAACUACUACACACACUCAGAUGGGUACACUUCCACUGGCGUCAUCAAGCUCCAGGACAAGGGUGAAAGAGGGAACAAUGGCGACACCGCUGUCCAUGUGCACUGCAGUAUCACCAACAUAUACGGCUCCGAAACCAUCCGAUUAGAACUGCAGCAGGAGAAGAAGUACAUGAUGGCCGUCAUUGUGGGGACUAUCGGAGGUGUAGCGGUCAUCGCAUUUAUCAUUGCAGCUGUGAGAUACGUCGGUCAAAAUAAUAAAAAAGAGAAUGGUAACCCUGGGCAGGACGUGGGAUCUAAAGUGGAGAAUCCCUCAAUGUUCUACAGCGCAGUCAAGAAGGACAAACAGAGUCUCAGGAAAAAAGUGCUUAAGACUGAGCUCCUGGGCUCAAAGUUUAACUCCAUCCUAGAGGAAGGCACGGGAGACGACGGCGAUUACCAAUCUGUGGGCCCAAUGGCAGGCAUGGAGAGGCAAGAGCUGAACUACGCCGCCCUAGAGUUUCUCCAUGGACGACACCGAGAGGGAGUCUUUAGGAGGGCUGAUGGUGACGGCAGUGACUAUACUGAAAUUAAAGCUAAAUGAACCGCGAUUCUUCCCUAAUGCCUCGGCCAAACGGGACACAGUAGCCACUAGUGUCCAAUCACUCCCUCCACCCCACAAUUUCCCAUUAAAAAUGAUUAAAUGUGGCCUUUUUUUGCGGAGAAUCGUCCUAAACAGCUGGAGGAUGGUUUUAGAGUUCGAGGUUGUUUUAAAUUCCACUCUCUUGCAUCUUCAGGCCUCCGGGAAUGAUAUUUUUGCCUAAAAUAUAUUUUUUUCAGAUAUAUAUUUGUGUUUUUGGUUACUUCCCCCAUUUUAAACCAUACCAGAUAUUUCUGCUAAUCAAAAAUGAGUGAAUGUCCUGGUUUAAAUGACAAGAGCUUAAAGUUUGAAGCAAGGAAUGGGGUAUAUGCACACAGACUUUUCAUUUUAGUCAGCCAGCCCAAUUGCUUUCGGUGAACUGUCAUCCCAUACAAAAUCGCUGCGUUUAAGGUCUGGUUUCUUUAAAAAUAAGUGAUCUUCACUGUCUGAUUGAUAGACGACAGUGUUUCUCAACCACGUUCCUGGAGGACCACCAGCACAGCAUGUUUUGGAUGUCUCCUUUGUCUGUCACAACCAUUACAGGUCUUUCAGUCUCUGCUAAUGAGCUGAUGAUCUGAAUCAGUUGUGUUUGGUGAUGGAGACAUGAAAAAUGUGCAGAGCUGAUUGUCCUCCAGGAAUGUGGUUGAGAAACACUUAUAUAUGAUAUAAAUUGGGUAUCAGACCAGACAAGAAGCACUGAAUUAAACAGUACCCCAGAAUUAAACAGUACCCCAGUAUUUUUAGUGGAGUUUCUGCACUAGCCUGCUGCUCCUGACGGCGCUAAUGUUUACACGGUCUUUCAUCUUGUUUUGCUCUUGAACAACUAAAUGAUUGCUUAAGUCUAUUUAACUGAUUGUAUUUUAAUUAUAUUACAGCAUCGAUGCUGUAAAAGGAACCUUAUAAAAUUGAAAAUAGUCACAUAAACCUUUCACCAGCGGUUUAUCAUUGGCUAAAAACACUAGCUGUGCAUAUACCCUAUUGGUAUGGUUUGAGUCUCAGUCACUAGUGGUCCUUUUCACUGUGUCCGCUGUAAGUCGAAGCAUCAGGGAACGAGGUGCUAUGGGCGCCUCGACAUACAGUUUAAGCACUAUCCCCAACUCUGGGUUUGUCCGGGAGGAUUAACACUCUCAAAUACAAGUCUUUUCUGAGUCUACAUGUACGCUGUUACAUUAUCACACACCCAGAAGUGAUUGUUAAAGGGUUAGUUUGCCCAAAACAAGGAAAAUUCUGUGAUUAUUCACUCAGUUUGUUCCAAGUGCGUUUUGGAAGAAUUUAAUUCUUCCCAUACAGCGAGAGUACAUGUUGAACAAGUGUUUAAAAGGCACAAAAUGUAGCUUGAAACACAUUGUGCACUAUAUACAGGCUUCAUACACAUUUUUACUACUAAAAUUCCAUGACUUUUCCAUAAAUUCAAAAUGUUCAAAUUUAUUACAGCAUAUUGUAAAACACAACAAUCUAUUUAGUUUCAAUUUAUAUUUAUAUCUAUGUAAAAUUGAUUUAGAUAAUGCUUACACCGCGCUAAUAAUUUGAGAGUGUGUGAUUGGCCAAGGACAGAUAAGAAGUAAAUAAUCUAUAUUCAAGUAUACAGAUAUCUGUUUUCCAUGAUUUUUCCAAAACAUUGUAAGUUUUUCUGUUUUGCCAAAACUUUUCCAGGCCUGGAAAAUGCCAAGUCAAAAUUCCAUGACUUUUCCAGGUUUUCCAUGACUGUAUGAACCCUGUAUAUAGUCCAAGCAUUUGGAAACCAUUGUUGACAUCAGUUAUGCCAUGUUUAAAUUCUAGGCUUAAAAUUCAGGACUUGGAGUUGAUCAUGAUCACUAAAUUGCUGUAUGAAAUAGCUGGAUGUAGAAAAAGUCAUACAUUUGGGUUUGGAACAAAAUGUUGGUGAGUAAAUAACAAAGUUUUAAGUAGUUUUUGGGUGAAGAAUUCUAGAAAUCCUUAAAUUAAUACUGUUUUUCUUUCCAGUUUACUUUGCAUCUUCAUUUAUUUGUAUUUGUAAAUGAAAACAGGCCUGAAUUCAAAACUGGUUUACUGAACGGUUGCUGGAUUUCGUUUGCCCCAACGUCUUUGCGCCCCUUUUCUUCAGACAUGUAUUUAUCUCAAACGAGUUCUCAGAUAUGUUCCAAAUACAUCGAGGAGCAAAGCUAAGCUGACAUUUGAUAUGAUACUGAAUAAUGGAUGAUUGUAGCUCAUCCUCUGAAAGUGAAUAACAAAUAACCACCAUUUGGAACAUAAAGAAAGGUAUCACUUCACCCAAGGUGCUUGAAAUAAAUGUAAUGUUUUAUAUAAUCAUGUAAUACUCUGGUAAGGUUGUGUCCAAUAGAUGUUUGUUAAAUGGUCCGUAUAUGCGAUUAGCCCUUGAAAUGCAAUUUGACUAACAGAUUAAUGAGUCAUUAUUAUAUUAAAUUAAUGGCAUCUUACAUUUAUAAAGCAUUCAAGGCACCUUGGUUGGAUACCACGGUAUGUAAAUACUCUGCAUGAUAUAUGGUUCUGCAUUGUGAACAUCUGACCACACAACGAGAACUUACAUUGAGCGACAAUGGUGUAUAUUUUGCAGAAAUCACACAAAAAUGACAUUAUAUGUGCAUAUACAAUUAGUAACACAGAGAGUCCAUGUUUGAAGAUAUAUACACAGAUAUUUAUUUGUUAGCAAACAGAUUUGGGGGGCGCAUUUGUAAGGUCAAGCCUAAUUUUCCACUUUGAGUGUUGUAAAGAAUAUUUGUAUGUAUCUGACUGUGUGAUGGCAAUAAUAAUGAACAAAGUAAUGUUGUUUCCUCAUUGACAUGCAUAAUAAUGCAGAACAGAAAACCUCCAAUCGUUAUUUAAAUAAUAAUUUACAUCAUGUUAUUUGCUUGCUUUCUUUUUAUUUAUUUUUUUUGUUUAAUAAAUGUCUCCAGCCUCAA